AAUUAAAGUUGAUGAUAAUGACUGUUGGGUGUGUGGCUUCAUGGGACUGAAGGCUUUCUGACCUCUACUACUUUACGGGUCACAAAUUGAAAUUGCCCCCAUCAAAACUUUUCGCAUAACUUUUUUCUUUCCGAUUGUCUGAGGAGCUUUGCCGUAACUUGACAGCAUGCCGGCGGAAGAAACAGUUUCCAAGUCACCUCUCGAUAAACCUCUCAAUCAACUCACUGACGAUGACAUUUCUCAGCUCACACGCGAAGACUGCCGUCGUUACCUCAAACAAAAAGGAAUGAGAAAGCCGUCCUGGAAUAAAUCACAAGCGAUUCAGCAAGUUAUAUCGUUGAAGGCUCUCCUCGAGCCGGAUACUGACGCCGGAACUCGGAAGAAGCUUCACAUUCCUCGUGCAGAUACUCAUGUCCAGAGAGGGAAAAAUACCUAUGGCGAACCUUCUGAACCAGUGCCUGAUAGAAGAAAUCAGCAGGACAGACCUGAUCUUUCCAGUCAAAUUACUGCCCUUCCGGUCGCUGUUGUUGAUAAUUCAGCUCCUUCUAGAACAAUAGGUUCAGCAGAUAAACCAGUAGGACAAAUGACAAUCUUCUAUAGAGGCAAGGUGAAUGUCUAUGAUGAUGUGCCUGCCGACAAGGCACAAAAAAUCACGUGUCUUGCUUCAAGCCCUCUUUGUGUGCCUUCAGAAACUCCAUCGAAUGCCACUGUAGCAGCUCGACAUUCAGCAUGCUGCUUACAAGCUGCAAAUAGUAAACUAUGCCUAGAUACUGAUAUGGUACCGACUAUUCAAACAGUGAAAAUGAGUGAGGUUUCUCGAGUUCCUAUAGAAGAAAGCAGCCGCUUAUACAAUGAUAAUCCUGAAGCAGUGGAGAGCCCCGCAAGCAGGAAAGCAUCAGUACAAAGAUAUCUUGAGAAGCGAAAAGAAAGGUUCAAGUGGAAGAGAAAGGUAGAAACAACUUCAUCAGCUAGCUUGGAUAUCUAUUUAAGUGAUCGAAUUGGGACUCGUACGCCAAGUGACUAUGCAAGAGGGGCUGAUCUUUGCUUCACACCCCACAUUACACCUACAGGAAGUGGUCCUAUACAAGACAAUAUUCAGAUGAAUCCCACUUUUUCUAGUGAUCUCAAUGACACAGAUGUUAGAGAGUGAAUGUCGGAAACUGAAUGGUUGGGGAUGCACACAGAUUUCUGUUUUUGUCUUGAAAUGUUCGGUGGCCACAUCAUGUUCUAGUGUAUGGAUAGUUGUGUGAAGUGUGAUGAUGGUAGCACUUGGGACAAUAUCUGUGAAACUGUCUUCUCUAUCUAGGUUUGUCUGUAAUGUAAAUGAAGAGAGAAUUUAGUGAGAAAUAGUUGUCAGGUCAUGAAACGUUUUUUGCUUUUCUUAUAACAGCUAGUCGUCCUCUUCAAUAAUGAUUUUAGGCUGUAGUAUUUCCUUGUUGAUGGAAACCAUUCUCAAUGAUCUUUGCUUACUUGGAAUUAUACGUCCAAUUUUGUUGCUGGGAGAUGGAGACAAACCAGCGGAACUGCAUGGCAUAGAAUGUGAACGGGUCAUGCUCUCUAAUGAUCCUUGACGUUUAAAAUAAGCUUUCCUGCUCCGUUAUUUGAUCGAAUCAACGUGAUUGUAGGCUUAAUUUCUUCUUCAAGUUUGUCAAUUCACCUAUUUAUCGACUAUGACUGCAUUGCAGGAUACUGCACAUGCGAAGUAAGUAAUGGGAAAGAAUUGUCUUCGCGUCUACUUAUGUUUCUUUCCCUUUGUAUAAUACCUACCUUUCUCGUGUAA